UGACGGAAGCUCUUUUCACAAAACGAGCAAGAAGAAAAACGUAAGAAAUUUUCUGAUUUUAUCCUGAACACAAACUCAGUAAAAGCAGAUCACGUUUAGCUGAUGAGAUCUAAAGGAGCAAGCAGCUGACCGAAUAGCCUGAAACAGAGAAUAAAGUCGCAGCGAGCGGCCACACCACCAGCAGCAGCAUCAGAGAUUAAUCAGCCGUUUUGUUCAGUAAAGGAAAGAUGGACGGGAGCGUGACAGUCAUCACCAACCCCACCGUGUCCGUGCGUGUGACCAGCACCGUCAGCUCCUUCGAGGUCAACCGGAGAUUCAACCGAGGCAUCACGAUCGCAGAUUUUAAGAGUAAACUGGAGAUGAUUGUUGGUACCCCAGCUGCUUAUAUGGAUCUUGAGCUAUUCAGUACAUCAGAUAAGUUCUUACAGAAGCUAGAUGACAAUGAAGCCCUUCUCGGCUCCUACCCUGUUGAUGAUGACUGCCGAAUACACGUGACAGACCGCAGUGGGACUCAGAGUGGGGAGUUCACUGAUUUGUCCAAGGUGGAGAAAUUUGAGAUUUCUGAUGAUGCCUAUGAAAAAAGGGCAGAUACAGUGCGGAACUUCAAGAAGAAUAUGAAGUUGGGUCAAUUUAAUGAGGAAAACAGGGCCAAGGAAGAAGAGGCUCUUGCUAAGAAAGAAGAGCAAGAGAAGGCAGCCGCUGCAGCCAUUGCUGUUGGUAACCGCUGUAAAGUUGAAGUUGUUGGACAACCCACUAAGAUUGGCACUGUUAUGUUUGUGGGUAUGACAAAUUUCAAGCCAGGCCACUGGGUAGGUGUGAAAUACGAUGAGCCACUUGGAAAGAAUGAUGGCAGUGUGAAUGGAAAACGGUACUUUGAGUGUGAGCCAAAAUAUGGUGCCUUCGUGAAGCCCCUCUCAGUAACUGUGGGAGACUACCCUGAGGAGGAUUAUGGUUUGGACGAGAUGUAGGGCUCACCUGAUAAGUACUCCGAAGCAUCAGAAGAAAGAAGUUUGACUCUGUGCAGUGAGACAUUGUUGCAGAAGUUGAAGGUUUUCUGUCGUCAAUGCAGAUCAUUUUGUUUUAUGCUGGUCUGAAAGGGAUCAGAAGGAUUACAUUUUAAGAUGAGAUACCUUAAUUUACUGCAGUCAAACCCAAGUUAUGAUCUUAAAUAACAUUUCUGCCAUGUCGACUUGAAGUUACUAUUUAAGGUACUGUAAAUGCAAAACAACAUCUUUCGAGAUCAGGUUAAGGGAUUCGGCAAGCUAGACAGAAUAAAAUGUUAUUCUUGGAAGCAUUCACUUGCAUGUUGAUUGUUCAUUAUUGAAUUCCAAAGUUCUGCAUCUAAUUUCAUCCCAGACAGAAUCAUUUUAUUUUAGACCAACAAAUCACACAAGGGGGUGUGUCUUUUUUUUUUUUUUGCAAGGUCUGUUUAAACUGGAUUGUAUACGUCUUAUUUGUACCAAAUAGUAAUUCCUCCAGCUGACUAUUUUGUCAUUAUCUGUUAUUAUGACUGUGUUUAGGGUCUCAAUCCCUUAUUCUGUUAGGCACUUUAGCAAUUAGCUCACUAAUGAGUCAUGUAAUGCAGAGUCCUGUGGCCUCGCUUUGCCAUGGUUCUGUUUUUUCCAUGUGAAUUCUCUUACAGUUUUUUUUUUUUUUCUGCUGGUGGAAAUGGGCAUGCAACUUUAUGCAUGUCAGCUUCAUAAAUGACAGAAAUUGAUCUGGUACUGUAAGGCCAAGUGUUUCAUGGAAUUCCAUGUUGCGUUUAGAAAAAUCUCUAUUUCAAAUAAAUCCAUGUGCCAAAUUUGAACAUCCUGCAGAUGUAUGUCCAAAUUGUCUGGCUUAUGCAAAUGCCUUAAUAUGCAUCAUGGAGUACUUGUCCAUGUUGCUCUGAAAGACAGAUUCUAGUUCAGCUUUCAGAUAUUUACAAUAAUUAUACAAAUUUGUUUUUGCUACAUAGCGCAGGAGUUUUUUUUGUUUUUUUUUAUGUGAACGUCACGAUUGUGUUGCAGUGGCUGCACUACUGUGUAAAAGUAGAAACUUUUGACUCUAGACCGGACACAAACAUUGAUGUUGGAGAUUAAUUCUUCAGAAACAGAUCUGCAGCUGUUUCUUUACAUACUCUUGAGUGCAUUGAAUGUUACUUGUGCUGACCACAAUGCAGCUUUACCCAGCACAAGCUUGUAAAGAAAUUUUUUGACAUUGUUAAAAUACAUGACAUUCAAAUUCAUUGUGUAAUGUUUUAAAUUAUGUUGUCCUCCUGAAUCGCACUUAAAGGAAUAUUCCGGGAUCGGUACAAGUUAAGCUCAGUUGAUAGAAUUUGUGGUAUAAUUAUGAUUACAACAAAAAUUAAUUUGAACUUCUUUUAAAAAGCAACAAUCUGGGUUACAAUGAGGAACUUGCAGUGGAAGUGAAUGGGGCUAAUCCAUAAAUGUUAAAUUACUCACUGUUUCAAAAGUAUAGACACAAGACAAACAAUAUGUGUGUUAAUAUGACUAUAGUGUGAUUAAAUUGCUUACUAACCAUUUCUGUAUAAAGUUAAAGCCAAUUUUACCACUUCAUUGUCAUGAUGUAAUGUUAACAAACCCUAAAACAGCUGUAAAAAAUGACAAUUUAAAUAACUUUACAGCUCAGAUAAUACAUUUUAACAGAAUAAUUAAUGCGCGCUUUAAAAGAAAUUAUACACUUAACAUUUUUUGCUUUUAAACCCUUCCCAUUCACUUCCAUUGUAAGUACCUCACUGUGACCUUUUUUAUAUAUAUAUAUAUAUAUAUAUAAAGGAGGGGCAAGUCAAAAUUAAUUUUUGUGGUAAUAAACAUUAUGCCUCAAAUGCUGUCGAUUGAGCUUAACUUGUGUUGAACCCAGAAUAUUCCUUUAAAUUCCGUAAAAUUUCAUUUGAAUUAAAUACAUGUGGUCACGGGAUUUCUGGCUUUAUUGAACGUGUGAGUGCACUUCUAUUUCUUGUAAAUGAGUUAAGACCCCCCAAGAUUGAGAUGGCUUUGCAAAAAUAAAAUGAAUGUUAAAACGA